UUUAGCUAGUUACUGUAGUUAAUGAACUGCCACAAACUUUGGAUGUCAUAAUAAAAUAGUUUGUAUUCGUUUUAGGGUUGAGCAACUUCCAACUUUUUAGUUGGCGCUGGCAUGCUCUAGCGCUCACGCAAUUUCGGGAUAACGAAACAUGAUCUGUUCAAAUUGACACGUUUUACUGUAGCUACUUCAGAGAUACAUUUUUGUUAUGGUUACAAUCAAAACUGUAGCAUAAAAACGUUUAAACCUCACGCAUGUCACCCGGUUAGACUAAAACCACACGAUGUAACUAAAUUGGUAUCUAUCACUUUGCUCGAGACAGGUUGCUCCACUCUCGUGCCAUGUUGGUGCCAAAUACGCGGUAAUGUGAGUAAAUAUGGUUAAUCUCGCGCCAUUCCAUUACUUAUUUUGGACUGAAACGUGUGAGUAUCAAAUUAUUCUAUUUUAUUUGGAAAAUGGUGGUAAAAUGAUUUAGACAUUUUACAUUUUCUCCAUCUAGUUAGUAUUAGGGACACAUGUAAACGAAGGUAGCUAGCCAGGUCAGAGGUUAGCUCCAGUUUGUUGUCAACGACGCGUUCGAUAAAGAGGCUUGUUUUCAUACCAUGAGCUACAGGAACGUUAGCUAGCUAAUGCUUGUUAAACAAAUAUUUUGCUAGUGAAUUGUGCCGUAUCCCAUAUAAAAUGAACCACAUGUAUUGUAUUAUCAAACUAAACCCGCAGCAAUAUCAACAGUGAGGACCAGAUAGACCACCAAGGCUUUGACCAUGAUGUUCUACACUCAGCUCCUCACUUCCAAGCGCGGGCCUCUGGCCAAAAUCUGGCUAGCAGCGCAUUGGGAGCGCAAAAUCACCAAAACUCAUGUGUUUGAAUGCAAUUUGGAGAGCACCAUCAAACACAUAAUCUUCCCGCAGACAAAGAUCGGCUUGCGGACUUUUGGCCACCUACUCCUGGGAGUAGUGAGGAUAUACUUCAGAAAAGCCAAAUAUCUACUUGCUGACUGCAAUGACGCUGUUGUCAAAAUUAAAGUAGCCUUCAGACCAGGACAGACUGACAUGCCUGUUGAAGGACUGGAGGCCACACUUAAAGCCAUCACGUUGAUGGAGGAUUUCACUGACUUCGAUUCCCAGCUACCAGACACAAAUGCCAUAGAUGUUGUGGACCAUUUUUUACUGAAUCAGUGCCGAACAGAGGACAUCACCCUCAAAGAGGAUUUUGGAAAUAGCUUUCUCACAUUUGAUGACUUUGGUGAUGAGACCCAGUCUCACCAAGGGGGCAUGUUAGAUGUGAGUUUCCUGAGCCUGGCCCAGCACGGAGAUGCUUUUGGCGAUGAGGAUAAAGGCAUUGACAUCUUGGACUUCAUGGCCAGUUCCAGUGAGAAUGCUUUUUUGAUGGACCUUUUCCCAGCCGAACCACAAAAUGUGAUGCCAGAGAUUGCCCCCAUGAACAGUAACCAAGAAGGUCGUCCAGACUCUCCUACAUCUGUACCCAUGGAGGAGGAUUGCCCUGUCCUGAAUGAGACAACACCUGUCCUGAAUGAGACGACUCUGUUGGUCAAUGAGGAGGAGGGCUUCGCUCUGGAGCCUGUCGCUGUGACUCCGACCUUAGAGAGGAAGAAGGGGAAGAGGAGAAGGAGACUGGUGGUGGACCAGGCCAAGGAGCUGUCCAACCAGGCCAUCAGGGAGCAGCUCACCGACUAUUCAGAUCUCACUGCCCCACUGGACAUAGCCCCACCCACCCACCAACUCAUGCAAUGGAAAGCGAGUGGAGGGGUGGACAUUCUCUUCAGUCACCUCUGUGCCCAUGUCAUUCAUCCACACCUUCAACAGCUCUAUUCCAGUGAUGUGUUUCGGGGGAAAACAGAUCGAGUGGGCAAUGAAGAUGACCGUGAAGAGAUGAGACAGGAGAGACAUGAGGUGGAAAGCGACGUGAGCGACCUGCCCAGUGAGUUCAGUGUCCUGCAUGAGACUAUGGAUCCUGAGAGAAUGGGACACAAUGUGGAGCUCACUCCUCUGCAGCACAAUGGGACUGACAACCCACCUGAGGACGUCUGGGACACAGUACAUGAUGAGAGUAGAUUUGAGGUUUCUCACCCUGAGCUUCCUUCGGAGGAUUCCAUGCAUGUUCAUCCUUCUGGAAUGGACAGGGAAACUCCAUCGAAUGUGACAUGGAACACACAGUCUACGGUGGACAGCCAGGAUGACUUUGAAGAGAGGAGGAUGACCAGCCGAGCUCAGAAACUACUAAACGCUCUCAAAAUUCAGAGCAGCAGAAGCAACGCCAUGUUCAGCCUGCAGAUGCUGUGUGAGAGGAACAGUCGCUCCCAGGCCUCGGCUACCUUCUUUUGCCUCCUGGUGCUGAAGAAACAGCAGGCCCUGGACCUGCACCAGAGCGAGCCUUACGCUGACAUUAUAGCCACACCUGGACUCAGGUUCUAAGAGGUGAAGACACCUCCUAAUUGUGCCUCAUUCAUAGACUCACUGCUAUCUGUCAAUAACUGCACAAAACUCCAGCGGUCUAGUCACCCUCGUCAUACGUCUCAUAGCAUGGACACUAAUUAAGAACGGAUUACACCAAUAAAUAUUAUUUGGAUAAUAUUUAUCAAACUGGGUUGUAAUAUCCAGCACUAAUGAGAUAGUUAUGUCACCUCUAUGAAUCUCCCAGGACCCAGACCCAAGUCACUCCCUUUGUGAGAAAGCAGGGCCUGCUACAAGACAUAAUUUGCACAGGGUUAACAUCUGAUUUGUCUCAUUGGGUCAGAGUAAAUGUUUUGGAAUGUUCUGUUGUUGUUUUGUUCAGGAGCUUUAGGUUUACUUUACUUGUUUGAAUAACAUGGUUUUGUUAUUGUUCAUUAUGCCGACAGACUAGGAUUUGUUGGAUUUACCAAUUUCAGUAAUUUAAUAAGGGUAGUUUUAGUUCAGUGUUUUUAUUUAAGGAAUUGUUUUUAUUCUUAACGAUCUGUAAGUAUAACAGUGAAUUUUAUUCAAUGAAAUGUAUGAGCAGCCUUCUUCAAUGUUUGUAAAGUAUGUAUUUCAAGUCUCAAUUAAAAGAAGUAGAAGUUCACCAUAGAAGGAUGUUGAGCUAAUACGUUGAAGAGUAAUGAGGAUACAAUGGAAAUUAUUUUAAUGAAUCUAUUUCAUUACACAUCUACAUACAACACUGUUGCCCUGGCCUGAUACAUUUUUGGUUCCAAACACCCAUGCCCCUUGUAAAUAAACAUGUUGGCAAGAUACUACCAUCAGACCAUCCCCAGAUGCCCUACCAUCGGUAGGUGUUAGAUAAUUGCCGAAUGGUGCGCCAUGAUUCAUUGUCUUUACGAGAAUCCUAUGCAUUGUACGUAAUUACCAAAAUAUCUUCGUAGCAGGUUCUCAGACCUGUGUGAAGCUAGCCACAAUCGUGGAAUUUGAGGUUUACCUUCAAAAUAAAAGGCUGAUACCCAUUUCAUGGACUGAAGAGCCAUAGGUAAGGCUGUACAUUGCAAUAUGAAUGUCCAUUACUCACAAUAGGCUGAAUAUUGAGGUGAUUUUCCACAUUUGAAGUUCCUUAGUAUGACCUAUGACGCUAUUUGUGUAAACGUCAGAAUUGUUAUCCUUGGAUAUCACUGAGUAUUUUUAAUUACUGUCUUGUUGAAUUUAUAUUUUUUUGCCUUUACCUCCCUUCUCACCUAAUUUGCUCACAUUGUAUAUAGACUUGUUUUUUUACUGUAUUAUUGACUGUAUGUUUGUUUUACUCCAUGUGUAACUCUGUGUCGUUGUAUGUGUCGAACUGCUUUGCUUUAUCUUGGCCAGGUCGCAAUUGUAAAUGAGAACUUGUUCUCAACUUGCUUACCUGGUUAAAUAAAGGUGAAAUAAAAAAAUAUAUAAUUAA